AUGCAGUCAAUUUUCUUGCUGCUGGGCCUCUUUGCCGACGCCAUCUCUGCCAGCCCCUUGGAGCAACAGCCGUUGGGCCGUAUCAGGCCCACGGACCCGCCUGCAGGGCUGGCGGAGGGUUUGCGCAAACCUUUACGCGGACGAUUCUUGCAUAUAACAGAUUUCCAUCCCGACGACCUCUACAAGCCCGGAACCUCGAUCGAUCGCUCGUGCCACCGUGGUAAGGGCCCCUCGGGGUAUUUUGGAGCCGAAGGCACAGAAUGCGAUUCACCCCUAUCACUGGUGAAUGAGACAUUUCGCUGGAUCGAAGAAAAUUUGAAGGAUGAGAUUGAUUUUGUGAUUUGGACCGGUGAUUCUGUCCGACACGACAAUGACGAAAAGCUCCCUCGCUCGGCAGAUGAGAUUAUGGAUUUGAAUGCAUUCAUGUCUCAAAAAUGGAUUAGCGUUUUCGGCGAGGAGGUUCGUGAGACCUCGAAUGCCGUGCCCAUGAUGUCGAUCCCUGUGAUCCCAACAUUCGGUAACAACGAUAUCAUGCCCCACAACAUCUUCAACAAGGGUCCGAACAAGUGGACAAAGCGCUUUGCGGAGAUAUGGAGCCAGUUCAUCCCAGAAGAUCAGCGUCACACCUUUGUUGAGGGCGGUUGGUUCACCACAGAGGUCGUCCCCGGUCGGCUAGCGGUCAUCAGCCUAAACACCAUGUACUUCUUCGAUUCCAACAGUGCGGUGGAUGGAUGCAAGGCCAAGUCGGAACCUGGAUACGAGCACAUGGAGUGGUUGAGGGUGCAGCUGAAAAUCCUGCGGAGUCGCAACAUGAAAGCCAUCCUUAUGGGUCAUGUCCCCCCCGCCCGAUCGAAGGGGAAGAAGAGCUGGGAUGAGACAUGCUGGCAAAAAUAUACCCUUUGGGUGCACCAGUACCGUGACGUUGUUGUCGGCAGCCUUUACGGCCAUAUGAAUAUCGACCACUUCAUGCUCCAGGAUAGCAACAAGGUCAACAUUGAUUCAAAGGCCGAUGGGAAGGUGUCAAUCAGCUCAAAAACCGACUACCUCCAGUCGCUCCGAAACCAAUGGUCCUCGUUGCCAUCUGCUCCGCCGGGCAUUUUCGAAGAACUUGAAUCCGCGUCUAAUUUCGGAGAUGUCUCGGAAGUUGAGCCGGCGAAGAAAGACAAGAGGGGCAAAAAGAAGGAAAAGAAGAAGCAAAAGUUCUUGGACAAAAUUGGAGGCCCGUGGGCAGAACGCUACAGCGUAUCGCUAGCAGCUCCCAGUUUGGUCCCGAACUUCUUCCCCAGCCUACGUGUGAUCGACUACAAUAUCACGGGCCUGGACGAUGUCGCACAUGGGGUGGAUAUGUUCACACAUGUGGUUGACGAUACAGCCUUUGGACUUGAUGAUCCUGCGAUUGAUACAUCGGGAGCCGGCGACGAUUCUUUAAUUUCCCCCGAAAUUCAAAAGAAGAAGAAGAAGGGCAAGGACAAGAAAAAGAAACCCAAGUUCAAAGUCCCCGAGCCGCCAUCGUCAACCGCUCCUCCCGGCCCCGCAUACUCGAACCAGGCGUUCACGUUGCUUGGCUACACCCAAUACUACUCAAACUUAACAAAACUCCACGAACAGAUCGCGGCAGGCGAUCGAGGUGACGAUCCUCGUCUCGACUACGAGAUUGAAUACACCACAAGUGAUGACGUGUAUCAAAUGAAAGACCUGACGGUGCUCAGCUUCUUCCAACUCGCAUCCAGAAUUGGCGAGGAAGUAGCCGAAGAAAAACAGACCGGCGACGUCAAUAGCCAAGACGCCGAUUGGUCUGCUGUCAGGAAAAAGAAGCCAGUGAACGAUGUCUGGCAGGCUUUCUUGAGGCGUGCAUUUGUUGGAUUCCCAGUUGAUGACCUGGAUGAAUAA